UGCCCCCACUAUGUACUUUUUUACAUCCCUGCUUACGUUUGGCUGGCAUAGCCUAAUUUCCGCAUUCCCAAAUCCUCCCAGAUUGGGAUCACGUUUAAAAAAUCGGGCUGAUGCAACGAUUUCCACUUUUUAAAAUCUACUCUCGACCCUCGGCUGACCAGAAGAAAGGACAUUUGUUGCACCUGGGAUCAAAGUCAGCUGUGGUCACGACCGAGUCUGACGCGAUGCCAGGACAAAUCCCAGAUCCCUCUGUGACAGCGGGCUCCCUGCCCAGCCUGGGCCCGCUGGCUGGGAUCUCAGCCACCACGCUGACUGACAAGCUCAAAUUUGGUGACCUCCAGGAGUUUGGGACCAUGCUGUCACCUCUGCACUUCCUGGACAGUCUGGGGAAAAGGCCCCUAGUCAUCAAAACAGAGAGAGAUGAAGAAGAAGAGAGGAGGAAACGAAGGCGAGAGAAAAACAAAGUGGCCGCAGCUCGAUGUCGAAACAAAAAGAAAGAGAGGACAGAUUAUCUACAAAAGGAAUCGGAGAGACUAGAGAUGUUGAACUCUGACCUUAAAGCGCAGAUUGAAGAGCUGAAGCUGGAACGGCAGCAACUGAUCCUCAUGCUUAACCGCCAUCGCCCCACGUGUAUUGUCAGGACAGAUAGCGUCAAAACCCCAGGAGAGCGAAGGUGAACCCCCUGCUGCAGCAGCUGGAAGCCAAGUGAAAGGUGCAACCUGUUUUCCAACAGUUGACAGUUGAGAAGAAGCAGCCAACUAGCAGCACUUAGCUUUGAGCCUCAUGGUCAUGGAGGAGAAUCAGCAAAACCCUCCUAUCCUAAGACACAGAGCAUUACAGCACAAAAUACAGAUCCAAUAUGAUUGGACGCUGUUCUGGCAGUUACAUCAAACUUUUUACAUCUCUUUCUUUCUUUUCCCAUUUAGUUUUCAUUUUGAUCAUCAGAGCUCCAGCCUCUAUCAGUAUGAAGUUUAACAAAAAACACAUUAUCUUACAUUUCUUACAUUCAGUUUGUUGUUUUAUAGUCGAUCUGUUCUAAAUCUGUUCUAAACUUUAGCCAUUACCCAAAAAGGCACAGCUUCAUUAUAUCACAGCAGCUAUAACUGAGUGUGGUAGAAGAAAUUUGGUGAUUUACAAACAAAUGAUUUACAUUUUGUCAUGUAUACCUUGAAAAAAAUCUGGGCUAAAACUGUGCUACAUUUGAUUAAACAGUUUUAUAGCUGCUCCGAUGUUGCCAAGUUACAUAUAACCAUUUGAACAGCAUUUCGGUUACAAUCAGUUUCCAUGUGAGGCAGGUGUGAUAGGUCAAAGGAGCAAUGGUUAUAUGUGGCAUCAGGAUACAAAAAGAUAUCUUGAUUUAAUGAGGGGUUACAGUACUUCUCUGUCUGCAUGCUAAAGAUUAUUUUGCUUUGUUAAAAUGUGUUCUGGGAAUCAGGAAAUUUAAGUGAAUGGGUAGGCUUAAUUGGUGCAUUUCAUAAAAUAUUUUUAAAAAUUACUGGUGCAUUAACCAUCAGAUACUAAAGCAAGUAGUCACACCUACAGACACAUUCAGAAGCAUCUUUACUUCAUUUUAACCUUCAUGAUAUCGUGGUCAUUUUUGUUGUUUCAUACAUUAGGUGGCAGAGCGGUUGAUCCUUUUUUUUUGUUUCUUUAUUCCUAUGUUUUGGCGCAGGCGUCAUGUAUGCACAUAUAUAUAUAUGAACUGUUUACAUUGUACUUUAUUUUCUAUUACCAUAUUGUUACUAUCAAUUAUGAUUAUGUUUUUAUACUUUUGUAUAUGAUGUUAUAUAAGCAUAUAAGCUAUCACAAAAUCCCAUUUUGUAUUUCCUUAAGAAAUAAAUGUUUAGUUUCUUUUUU